AUGGCUCCAAGACAUGCUCUACAAUUAGUAGAUCGUAAUUUAAAAGACAUAAUGAACAGUAAAGUACCAUUUGGAGGUAAAAUUAUGAUACUAGGAGGCGAUUUUCGACAAAUGCUGCCAGUUAAACAGAACGCUACUCGUAGCGAAUUGGUAAAUCUGUGCAUUAAAUAUAGUAAUGUUUGGCCUGCAUUUUUCCAAUUUUCUCUUAUACAAAAUAUGCGCGCUUUACCACAAGAAAAAGAGUUUUCAUCAUUUUUACUACAAGUUGGAAAUGGAACAGCUAAUUACAAUGAAAAUGACUUAGAAAUUCCUGAAUAUUGUAUAGCUCCUCCGGGCACAAAUAUAGCAGAAGAUAUCUAUGGUGAAGUAAUUCGAAACAAAGAAUUUGACAAAUUAACGAAAAUAGCAAUAUUAUCAGCUCGAAAUGUUGAUGUCGAUGAUAUUAAUAGAUCAGUUGUUGAAUUAUUAGAUAUUGAAACAGAAAAAAUUUACACCAGUAUUAACAGUGUCAAAAAUUGCGAUAACAAUGAGAUUGGUGAAGCCCUCUUACCUGAAUAUUUAGAGACGUUAAAUCCUCCAAAUCUACCACCACAUGAGUUACGAUUAAGAGUUAAUACAGUUGUUAUGUUGAUUAGAAAUCUUUCUAUAAAUGAAGGGCUAUGCAAUGGUACACGAUUACAAGUUUUAGAAUUAAAAAAUCAUUUAUUAAAAUGUAAGAUUUUAACUGGAGACAAAUGUGGUCAAAUAGUAUUUAUUAAUCGAAUAACAUUGUACAGUGAUGAACGUUAUCCUUUUCAGUUCGGACGCAGACAAUUUCCAAUUAGAAUAGCAUUUGUAAUGACUAUCAAUAAGUCACAAGGACAAACUUUUGAUAAAAUAGGAAUAGAUCUUAGAAGAGACGUCUUUAAUCAUGGACAACUUUAUGUUGCCUUAUUACGUGUUCGGUCUUGA